AAUCCCAGGAUUAUAAAUUAUUUGAAUUUUGAUGAGAUUGGUUUUUACGAAUCAUGCUAGCACUGUCUCAUUAAAAGAUUAUACCAUAUCUGAAACAUUUUAUUACAGUGUUAUCACAAAAAAAUAGCGUUGUUUCAUAAUCUGCUUAACCUCAAGUUAGGGUUUCUAAACUAUUUUAACUCUAGUUUUUAGUAAUUCAUAUUUAUGACUUCCACUAGGAUAACCAAGGAAAAAUGUUAACUAGGAGAUUAUUGUCUGGAUUCAUAAAUCAAAAAAUAAUUGGUAAAAACAUGUCAACAACAAUUGAAAGCGAUGUAAUCCUUAAAGAUGUAGGUGACAAGGGAGUCAUAUUAUUAAAUAGGCCAAAAGCUCUGAAUUCUUUAAAUUUAUCCAUGGUUAACAAAAUCUAUCCAGCUCUUACGAAAUGGGAAUCAGAGAAAAAAUUAGUUAUCAUGAAAGGGGCUGGAGAAAAAGCUUUUUGUGCAGGAGGUGACGUGAAAGCAAUAGCCGAAAGUGCAUUCAAAAAUGAAAAAUCGCUAGGAUACGAGUUUUUUAAAAAAGAAUAUAUUAACAAUGGUCUAAUAGGUUCCUACAAAAUUCCAUAUGUAGCCUUAAUAGAUGGUAUAGUAAUGGGCGGUGGUGUUGGAUUAUCUGUUCAUGGUCGGUAUAGAGUAGCUACUGAAAAAACAUUAUUUGCUAUGCCAGAAACUCAAAUCGGUCUUUUCCCUGAUGUUGGAGGUUCUUACUUUUUGCCUCGUUUACAAGGGAGACUUGGUUGGUAUCUAGCUUUGACUGGAUUUAGAUUAAAAGGAUCUGACGUCUUCAAAGCAGGUAUCGCAACUCAUUACACGGACAGUUCAAACCUGGGAGAUUUAGAAGAUGCUCUAUUUAAAUGUUCAAAUGACAGUGAGAUCAAAGCUGUCUUGGAUAAAUUCAACAGAACAGACAUCCCCGAGUUUUCUUUGGCGCCAUAUAUUGACCAAAUCAACAAAUGUUUUUCUGCACCUACCGUAGAGGAGAUCAUUAGUAGGCUAGAAAGAGACGGCUCGAAAUGGGCAUUAGACACCAUUCAACUGCUCAAUAAGAUGUCUCCGACGAGCCUUAAAGUUACUAAUAAAGAACUGGAACUUGGUAAACAAAUGAAUUUAUUUGAGUGCUUACAAAUGGAGUACCGAUUGGCCGUGAAAUGCGUAGAUGGACACGACUUUAGAGAAGGUGUUCGAGCAUUACUCAUUGACAAAGACCAGAAUCCAAAAUGGAACCCGGCAACACUAAAGGAUGUUUCGGAAGAGACUGUCAGCAAGCAUUUUGAGAGGCUCCCGGAAGAGCUAGAACUGAAGCAUAAGCUGUAAUUUGUUAUAGCUGUUGGGUUUUUUAUGAAUUAUUAUAUUUUUAGAUAAUAUAAUGUUUUUACCUCUUUAA